AUGACGACGUUCCUUCUCCGCGAUGUUCGCAUUUUUACCGGCGAAGAGACCAUCGACGAGGGGUAUGUUCAUGUACAGGAUGGCAAGAUCAAGUCCAUUGGUCGGAUGAGCGAUGCGCCGCUUGAUUCGGUAAAGACAUACUCCAAACCAGGUCAUACAGUUCUUCCAGGGUUGAUCGACUGCCACAUUCAUGCUGACAGGGCCAAUCCCGAAGCCCUGCCUCAAGCCAUACGCUUUGGUGUGACCACCGUGUGCGAGAUGCACAAUGAGAUUGAGAAUGUACAAAAGCUGAAGAAGCAGACUCUGCAACCCGAUACCGCUUCGUACAAGACAGCAGGCCAGGCCGCUACCAUUGAGAACGGAUGGCCCAUACCUGUAAUUACAGCUCACGACAAAUCCCCUGAGACGGCAGCAGCAAUCGCGGAAUGGCCAAAACUGACAGAUCGGGAUAGCGUGGUGGAGUAUCUAGAGUGGACUAAGAAAGAGAUGCAACCAGAUUACAUCAAGCUCAUGCAUGAGAGCGGCACCAUCAUGGGUCAACAUUUCAGCUAUCCUUCAUUCGAGCUGCAAAGUACGAUCAUUGCGGAAGCCAAAAAGCGAGGUUACUUGACUGUCGCGCACGCUAUGUGCCUGCAAGAUACGCUUGAUGUACUCAAUGCAGGUGUCGAUGGCCUCACGCACACGUUCUGCGACCAGCCGCCGACCCAGGAACUUCUAGAUGCGUACAAAAGAAACAACGCGUGGGUCAACCCAACGCUUGUCGCAAUAGGUAGCCUGACAACGGAGGGGAAAGAGCUGCAGCACCAAUUCGCACACGAUCCCAGGGUAAAAGGAUUGAUCAAUGAAGAUGGGAUAGGUAACAUGUGCAAGUGUAUGGGCUUUGCUGCUGAGGGAGGGAAAGUAGAAUACGCAUAUGAGGGUGUGAAAAAAUUGAGAGAAGCGGGCAUCGACAUCCUGUGUGGAAGUGACUCCGCGGGUCCUGCAGUAGGAACAGCGUAUGGUCUAUCGAUGCAUCAAGAGUUACAUAUCUUCGUACAUAAGGUGGGAAUGACACCCGCGGAGGCUUUGCGCUCGGCCACAAGCUUGGUCGCAAAGCGCUUCCAAUUUACGGAUCGUGGUCGCAUAGCGGAGGGGCUGAAUGCAGACUUGCUACUGGUAGAAGGAAAUCCGCUGGAAGACAUCGAUGCGACGCUAAACAUUCGCGGUGUUUGGCGGGAUGGCAGUCUCUGCAGCACGUAUGUUGAGAAGCUGGGAACUGGUGUUGAGCCUCUUGGCGCCGCUCAUGAAUUUGCUGAGAAGGAUGGUCAAUUCCGUCGAAAACCGUCAGCAUUUCGCAACUUCAUCUCUUCUGAUGCCAACUCGGAGUUCCCAGCAGAAAAGGAUCGAUAUGCACUUUACAUCCACAUGGGUUGCCCCUGGGCACACCGCACGAACCUAGUGCGCAGCUUGAAGGGACUCGAAGAGAUUGUUCAGUUGAUCGUGUGGGAUACUUCACUUGUUCAUGAGAAGAAGGGCUGGGGUAUGUCUGGGAAGCCUGGAUUCGAAAAAGAGCCUCUCUAUGGUUAUAUCAACUUAAGGCAGCUGUAUGAGAAGGCCAACCCUAGGUACGAAGGUCGGUACCUCGUUCCGACGCUCUGGGACAAAAAGAAAGAAACAAUCGUGAACAACGAAUCCAGCGAGAUCAUCCGCAUGUUCUAUACUGAGUUCGAUGCGCUCAUACCGGAGUAUCUCCGAGAGUCUAGUAAGGGCGACAAAGCUAUCUUACCAGAGCACUUGCGUAAGGACAUAGACGCCAUGAACGAGUGGGUGUACGAUACCAUUAACAACGGCGUAUACAAGACUGGUUUCGCGCAAAGUCAGGAGGCAUACGAAGAGCACGUGUAUCAGAAGUGGUAUCGCUCCACACUCGAAAUGCCUCACGCUAUUAUCGACGUCGUAGACAUCACGCCUAACCUCCGUACACAUCCCAAGUCGAAAACAAAGUCACGAAGUCGCGAAUCGAAGUCCCUACCAGCCCAGCUAGAAUACUACCUAUCACUCUAUGGAACCUCGCAACUGGCGCAAACCAUCGAUCGACAGCUAAGAGUGAUGUUGAAGAAUGUCCACACGCCAAUUACCAAGGUUCUUUCGCUUGGUCUGGGUAGUCUUGUGGCUGCGAAAGGUCAAUCGAGGAGGCUAAAGCAGCUCACUAUUUUGUUGUUCGUUCGAGACAUCCUGAUGCAAAUAUGGGACAUGCCGGUCCAAAUUUACGCUCAAGAUCCAACAUUCACGCGGAAAGACGAGUCGUUCUUGGAAAGCUUGGGUAUCCACAUCCUUCGGACCCCAUCCGGUUCAGAGCUUGGGGAGGCUUCUCUCAUCCUUGAUACUUCCACAUUGGUUUACUCGCCGUUUCUAACUUUGGAAGCAUAUGAGCAGCUACUAAAAGACAACACAAUGGUGCAGUAUCUAUUUGGCGACGACUUCGAUGUCUUGUUACAAAAGUGGCCAAGACAGAGUGCUGAGCGAGCUGGGGUGGAUCACGUAAUGAAGAAAGGCUUGGGUGCAUGUCGGAAAAGACCGGUUGUUGGUGAAGGCUUCUGGACGGAGGAAGAUGGCACGUUUCCCAUGGCCAUGUAUGAGAAGUUAGGACAGAAAAAAAAGAGAAGGCAGAGCGGAAACUUGUGA